AUGACUCGCAGGGGCUUGACCACAUGGCACAGCGGCAACGGCCUUUGGAGCCUGGACAGCGGAGAAUUGCUUAACGCCGAGACUAUGCCUCAUUUACGAGCUAAGGCUGUCAGCAGGGACCACCAGGAGCGCUUUUACGCAGCCCGUGCAACAGCUUUCGUAUCCUUGAUCCGUGCCCUUCCGGCAGCCUUGCGAGGUCGUGCUAGCAUCUUAUUUACUAACCAAUACGAACUUGAUGCCGAGCGGGGACCGUUUUGGGAAUAG